GCUGGAGAGAGACUCUUCAGAGGAGUACGCUGGGCGGGCUGCACAUCAUCAAGUCACACGCUGUAUCACUUCGUUUCCCGUUCAUCUGUAUAUUUUCUCCGGUUCAUAAUCGUGUAUAAUCAUAUAUCUAUUCGGAUAUAGAUUGUUGUUGGAGAAACCAAACGUUUACAGAUGCGAUUUCGUUUAGGCUACUGUAAAUAAGAACUUUGUAUUUUUUUUUUUAAGAAUUCAAGGUCUGGUGAACACACUCACCUACACUCACAGACACCUGUAAUCGAGCAAAGAGCCUCGACGUCCCCACCAUGACCUAGCCACCACAAACCACCACUCUCCUUCCUCAAAUGAGCAACGAACGCCCCACGCCACUCCACGUCGCCCGCUGAACCGUUUCCCUGAUCCGGACCGCCCCUGCUGGACCACCAUGGGGGAGAGGCGAGGGCACUCCUUCCACGUGAAGUGCCACAUACAGAAGGACUACGGCAGCCGUCUGUCUCGCUCCCUGAAGGCCCGCUGGCCCAACGGCUACGCCAACACCAGCCUCGGCGCCAACCAAGGCUUGGACGAAGAGGUCGAGCGAGCAGAGUCCAGCGCGACAACCACCUCUGGAGUCACAGCUGCUGCCACGCCUUCUACGACCACACCCUCUUUCUCCCUCACCCCGGCCAGGGCGUCUUCAGGGGCCGGCGCUGAAACGAGCCGCUACGCUCCAGUUUCCCUGGAAAUGGACCCCUGCGAGGUGAAUAAUGGAUCAGGCGUCCCGAGCCACCCGCCGCCGUACACAAAGGAUCCGGCGCUGCAGAUCACGCCGGGACGCCCCUCCGUCUCGGGGCCGCCACCACUGCCCCGGUCCAGCUGGAUGCACCACCACCACCACCACCACAAGAGCUUCCAGAGUCCGUAUGCCAAGACCAGCAUGCAGGGCGACGUCUACAACUUCCUGGAGAGACCCGCCGGGUUGAAGUGCUUCCUCUACCACUUCCUAGUGUUUGUCAUGGUGCUGGUGUGUCUGGUCUUCAGCGUGCUGUCCACCAUUGAGCAGUAUGCAGAGUUCGCCACCGGGACGCUCUUUUGGAUGGAGAUCGUGCUGGUGCUGUUCUUCGGCACGGAGUACGUGGUGCGCCUGUGGUCGGCCGGCUGCCGCAGCAAAUACGUGGGCCUGAAGGGAAGGCUUCGCUUCGUCAGGAAGCCCAUAUCCAUCAUAGAUCUGAUAGUGGUCAUGGCCUCGGUCAUUGUGCUCAGUGUCGGCUCUAAUGGACAAGUAUUUGCCACAUCCGCCAUCAGGGGGAUCCGCUUCCUCCAAAUCCUGCGCAUGCUGCAUGUGGAUCGCCAGGGAGGAACGUGGAGGCUUCUGGGAUCUGUAGUCUUCAUGCACAGACAGGAGCUGAUCACCACUCUGUACAUCGGCUUCCUGGGGCUGAUCUUCUCCUCCUACUUCGUGUACCUUGCCGAGAAGGACGCGGUGGACGAGGACGGCAAGACGGGCUUCGCCAGUUACGCCGACGCCUUGUGGUGGGGCGUGGUGACUGUCACCACCAUCGGUUACGGCGACAAGAUACCGCAGACGUGGGUUGGCAAAGCCAUCGCCUCCUGCUUCAGUGUGUUCGCCAUCUCCUUCUUCGCACUGCCUGCUGGCAUCCUGGGCUCGGGGUUCGCUCUCAAGGUGCAGCAGAAGCAGAGACAGAAGCACUUCAACAGGCAGAUCCCUGCGGCCGCCUCCCUCAUACAGACCCUGUGGAGGUGCUAUGCAGCCGAGAAGACAGACUUCUGCCCGGCCACGUGGAAGAUGUACGUCCUCAGCAAGGAGUCCACCCCCCCUGUCCACGCUGACAGCGCCAGCCCCAACGUCAUUAGGCUCAACUUAUCUAGACGAGGCACCAGGAAGAGGCUGAAGCUGGCCAGGGGCCUGAGCACCAGGGGCCCGUCGACGGAGAGGGGCGUGGCCAUCCCCCAGAUCACCUACGACCACAUCCAGGAGACGGAGGACAAGAAGGACAUGUCCUUCUUCCUGGAGGAGUCGGCGGGGACUGUGGAAGGACCCCCUGAUCCCCCCUGGCCCCCCUUCACCCUGAGCUGCCCUGCCACUCCAGUGAAGAAGAGGGCGGAGCGUCCGUCCCUCGGAGACCUCCGGGCCAACAGCAUCACUGAGGAGCUGGACUUUGUGGGCGAAGACCCCCCGCGGCAGGGCCUGAGCGACAUCUGCCACCUGUUGACCAGCCCCCUUGCGGCCCCCGCCGAGGAACCCUUCUCCACAUGGCACUUGAACUCCACAAGGUUGUCCCAUGCCCAGAGGUCGGCGGUGAAAGUGCUGCGCAGAAUGCAGUACUUCGUGGCGCGGAGGAAAUUUCAGCAAGCCCGGAAGCCCUAUGACGUCCGGGACGUGAUAGAGCAGUACUCCGUGGGCCACCUGAACAUGAUGGUGCGCAUCAAAGAACUACAAAGGAGGCUGGACGGAACGCUGGGGAAGCCAGGAAUGUUUCUGCCAGGAAAGGGCGAGGAUAAGGAAUACCCCACCAUUGGAGCAAGGCUGAUCAGAUUAGAAGAUAAGGUACGUGGUUGCAUUUUUUGCUCACUAUUUGUGUGUGUGCAUGUGUGUGCGUGUGUGUGUGUGUGUGUGUGUGUGUGUGUGUGUGUGUGUGUGUGUGUGUGUGUGUGUGUGUGUGUGUGUGUGUGUGUGUGUGUGUGUGUGUGUGUGUGUGUGUGAGAGUGAGUGUUGGUUCUGUGUUUGUGCUUGUGUACGUGUGUUUUUCAGUGGGUGUGUCUUUCUAUGACUUAGAGAGAUUGAAUCACGCGAUACACCAUUUCUGAGUAGAUUAGUCCUCGCUUUGUUAGAUUGUGUUUAUUCCGAGACAUUUUGUUUUUCGCAUUUCUGAGUAGAUUAGUUCUCGCUUUGUUAGAUUGUGUGGGUUGGUGUGUGAGCUGCGCGCCGGACUCCUGUGUUAUCAGUUGCGUGAGUGCAUGUGUGAUGAAAUCUUUUCGAUCAGGGCCAUGUUAUGGCUUGGUUAAGACCAUCUGUUUCAAUGUGAAACACAACCCCCUCUCCCCCCCUCUCUCUCCCAAUCUCCCUCUCUCUC